CAGUAUGACUAUCUAUACUUUUGUUGCACAGCUAUAUUUGAUCGUUCUGGUAGAUAUGUUAUCACUGGUUCUGAUGACCGGCUUGUCAAAAUUUGGUCAAUGGAAACUGCGCUUUGCUUGGCUAGCUGCCGCGGGCAUGAAGGUGACAUUACAGACUUGGCCGUUAGUUCAAACAAUGCAUUGGUGGCGUCAGCUUCAAACGAUUUUGUGAUCCGAGUGUGGCGGUUGCCUGAUGGAAUGCCAAUUUCUGUAUUGCGGGGCCACACUGGAGCUGUUACUGCAAUUGCAUUCAGUCCCAGACAGGCGACUGUUUACCAACUUUUAUCGUCAUCAGAUGAUGGAACCUGUCGUAUCUGGGAUGCUAGGUAUUCUCAAUGGCUCCCACGAAUCUAUGUUCCAAGUCCAUCAGAUGCUAGCACUGGCAAAAACACUUUUACAUCUUCCAACACAGCGUCCACGAGCAAUGCAUCUCAGAGUCAUCAAAUAUUAUGUUGUGCGUACAAUGCUAAUGGGACCAUUUUCGUCACGGGUAGCUCUGACAGCAAUGCAAGGGUUUGGAGUGCCUCAAAACCUAACUUGGAUGAUGCUGAACAGCCGACUCAUGAGCUGGAUGUUCUACGUGGCCAUGAGAAUGAUGUCAACUAUGUGCAGUUUAGUGGUUGUGCUGUGGCUCCAAAAUCUUCAACAGCUGAUACUCUGAAGGAAGAUUGUUACCCAAAGUUUAAGAAUUCCUGGUUUUGUCAUGACAACAUAGUAACCUGCUCUCGCGAUGGUAGUGCAAUUAUAUGGACUCCAAGAUCACGUAAAUUCCAUGGGAAAUCUGGACGCUGGAUGAAAGGAUAUCAUCUGAAGGUGCCACCUCCUCCACUUCCUCCACAACCUCCUCGAGGAGGCCCACGUCAAAGGUUUCUUCCAACACCACGGGGUGUAAAUAUGAUUAUAUGGAGCUUGGAUAAUCGCUUCGUACUUGCCGCUAUCAUGGAUUGCAGGAUAUGUGUUUGGAAUGCUGCUGAUGGUAGCUUAGUGCAUUGUUUAACUGGUCACAGUGAAUCGUCCUAUGUCUUGGAUGUCCAUCCUUUCAAUCCUCGUAUUGCUAUGAGCGCUGGCUACGAUGGGAAAACAAUUAUCUGGGAUAUAUGGGAGGGUAUACCAAUCAAAGUAUAUGAAAUCGGGAGAUUUAAGUUGGUUGAUGGAAAAUUUUCACAAGAUGGGACAUCAAUUGUGCUUUCAGAUGACGUUGGCCAGAUAUAUUUCCUAAACACAGGACAAGGAGAGUCUCAAAAGAAUGCAAAAUACGAUCAGUUCUUCCUUGGUGAUUAUCGUCCUCUUAUUCGAGAUACCAAUGGACAUGUUCUUGAUCAGGAGACGCAGCUUCUUCCCCAUCGGAGGAACCUUCAGGAUCUUCUUUGUGAUUCAAGUAUGAUUCCGUAUCCAGAACCUGACCAGACAAUGUUUCAGCAACGCAGACUUGGUGCGCUAGGAGUUGAAUGGCGUCCUUCCUCGAUAAAGUUUUCUGUUGGCCCUGAUUUUAGUUUAGGUCAAGAUUAUAUUAUGCCUCCUUUGGCUGACCUGGAUAGAUUGAUCGAGCCAUUGCCAGAGUUUAUAGAUGCUAUGUACUGGGAACCAGAACACGAAGUUCUGAGUGACGACAAUGAUUCGGAGUAUAAUGCUGAAGUUUCCUCUGAUGGAGCUAGGGCAAGCCCAUGUUCUAACUCGUCAAAUGAACUUGAUUGCAGUUCCGAGGACAGCAACGUUGAAAAUAUUCACGAAAAUAGCUAUCAUCGGACAAGAAGAAGAAAACAUCCUAGAGCCGAGGUCACUACUUCAUCGGGAAGACGUGAUAAGAGGAUUUUGGAUGAGAAUGAUAGCUCAAAAUCUGGGAUUAAGAGAACAAAGAACCGAAAAAUUGGUGUGAAGGCUUCAAAAAGAAAAUAUUGUGAUGUCAAGGCAUCACGACCGCAAAGAGCAGCAGCUCAAAAUGCUCGAUCCUUGCUUUCUAAAAUUUCUGGAAGCUCUUCGGAUGAAGUUGAUGAUUAUAAUGAUUCAUCCAACAGUGAAUCUGAUAGAAGCAUACCCACUUCGCGACAGUUGGAAAAACCAUCUCAGAUGCUGGAAUCUCUUUCAAAUGACAAACAGAAGAAAAAAUUGAUUGUAAAGAUCUGUGUUAAGAAGCCAAGAGAAUCUGUGGAAAGCAAGGGAGAUGUCAUAAAUCAGGCAGAUUUGGAGCAAUUAUCUUCUAAAUCUUUGGAGGAGAAUCACAGAGUGAUUGGUAUAUACUCAAGAGAGCCCGGUUCAAGUUCUGUAGAUGCAAAAGGUGAUUCAUGGUGUCAGGAUAUUCCGCAAUCUAUGAAUACUCCACAGAGAGAAAAGACAGAUAAUCAGAUGAUAAAAUCUUCAGAUCAAGACCAUAAUAUGUGCAAGUGGAGGGAAGAAAUUCCUGUUUGUGAACCUACCGAAUUACUGGCGUCUGAGAACAUUGAAGAAGCCCAAACUUUAAAUGGAGAUGAAGAUCUGUCAAGAGUUGAACCCUUGUCUGGUCAGUUGAGAAAUUGUGAUAUAGAUGCUUCUAUGGAAGCUGAUGAGAUUUUUCCAAAGAAAGUUCGACGACUGAGAUUAAAGCUUCGGCAUCCCAGCAGUCCUCUUAAACUAGAGCCUGCUGAAGUAGCAGAUGAUUUGGCAGAUGGUGGAGAUGGACUUGCAUCCGUAGCUCCCUCUUCCAUGAAUCCUUUUAUGGAUUCUGAACCUGUAAUAGAUAAAGUUAGAGAUUCGUCUGCACAUGAAUUUGAUUUUGGAGAACCUACAGCUGAUGUGAUACGUAGGAAAAGAUCCAUGAGAAGUGAAUCUAGUACAAGAAAUAGCACACUACGCACAAGGUUAGGCUCUGGAUCUGUAGAUGAAAUAAAGAAACAAGAAAAACCUUCCACGAGCGUGUGUGAUGGUGCAUCAUUUGAAGAAUGGCCUUCUACGAUCAAAGCUGGGUUCCGGUCAAGAUCUGCAAGCGCCGUCAAACAAAGUCCCCAUACUGAAUUUAAGUUGAAUAAUAAUGCCUCACGAAGAAUUCCAUGGUUAAUGUUGUCUGAACACGAGGAAGGCUGCCGUUAUAUACCCCAGCUAGGAGAUGAAGUUGUUUACUUCAAGCAGGGUCAUCAAGAGUUCAUUGCCUCUAGCGAAUUAAAUGACAGUGACCGAAGGUUCCUUCCUCGAAACCUAGGAGCGGUAGAGAUUUGCAGAGUUGAGAAACUCAAUUACGAUACAUAUCGUGGUUCUGGCGAAAGCUGCUGCAAAAUGACCCUCAGGGUUCUGGAUUUUUCUUCAUCACAUGCCUCCCGCAAAGAGUUUCAACUGACGCUUCCUGAUCUCGUUAAUUUCCCUGAUUUUGUUGUUGAGAAGACUCGAUACGAUGCUGCAAUUCAAAGGAAGUGGGAAAUCGGUGAUGAGUGCCGUGUGUGGUGGAGAAAUGAAUCCGGUGAAGGCGGGGCGUGGUGGGAAGGUAGGAUUGAGUCUUCACAAGUUAAAUCCCCUGACUUCCCAGAUAGUCCUUGGGAUAGAUACAGAGUUGUCUAUGAAACUGGGGAGAGAGAUCUUCACAGCCCGUGGGAGUUUGACAAUCCCCAGUUUCCCUGGGAAAACUCCACCAUCGAAGAAAAGAAAAGAGAUAAGCUGCUUUCAUUAUUUGUUGGACUAGUGAAAUCAAUCAGCAAGCAUCAGGACAGCUAUGGGAUCCAAAAGCUAAACGAAGCUGCUCAAAAGAUGGAUUUCUGCAAUAGGUUCCCGGUUCCUUUAUACCCUGAGCUGAUUCACAAGAGACUAGAGAAUCAGUACUACAGAAGUAUUGAAUCGUUUAAACACGACAUGGAUGCAAUGCUCUCAAACGCGGAGUCUUAUUUUGCUAGGAAUGCACAUAUGCUUUCGAAGAUAAAGCGAUUGGGAGAUAAAUUGACAAAAACGUUAAGAAAGCUGAUCUGAUGAGAGAAGGCAACAACACUGGUAUGCUUCUUUUAGGCCUCGCUGUUUCUGUUUCUUGUGAACACGCUAGGAUGCGGCAGUGUUAUUUAUCUUUUUUUAUAUAAAUUAUACUAGCGAAGAGAGUGUUAAAAGAA